AUGUCUCUCCAGCACACCCUCCGUAACACUCUCCGAACAGCCUCGAGCAGAACACAUCAGGCUGGAGCACGAACAAUCACAUCCACCCGAUCAUGGCAGAGCAAGAAAGAUGAGACGCAAGACUACGGCAUUGAGUCGAAGGACUCAUUGAACCCAGUCUACGAUGAGUACAGCAGAUCAGGCUCAGACCAAGCAGCUGGGCAGAUGGACCAGACAGCAUAUGGAUGCGGCAACAACGAUCCUGAUGCGCAGCACCGGCAGGCAAGGGAGGAGAGUAAGAAGCAAGGUAAAGACUCUAAUCCUCUCGAGUUCUCUCCCGCGAACACAGACUUCGGACACCAGAAAGCAUGGGCAAGCAAGGAGCAUGGCGGACCAGAUCGGGCAGCGCCGAAAGAGACACUGAGUGGAAGAGGGUCAGGGCAGAAGGGAGGUGCUGGGCGGAGGUAUAGGGACCCUGAGAAGUUGAUUGAAGAGACGAAGAAACAAAAGCGGGACGCGGACACUGCGAUAUGA